UUGGCUAAAACCAGUCUUGUUUUGUGUACAAAAGGCAACUCAUCAGUCUGAACAUCUCUCUUUGGUUGCAUGCAAUAUGGACAAGUUUGACACAUCAACCAUGUUUGACUACAAAGAUGAAAACUCUUCAAUGACUUAUGUUCCACCAUGUGAAUUGAUGAACAUAACGAAUUUUAGUACACAUUUAUUGCCACCAUUCUACAUUGUCAUAUUCAUUAUUAGUGUGCUGGGCAAUGGACUGGUACUAUAUAUCCUGUUCAAGUUUGAAAAGCUCAACACGGUCACUAAUAUAUUCCUCAUCAACCUGGUGGUUUCCGAUCUGAUUUUUACCCUUGGCCUCCCAUUCCAAGCUGUGUACCAUAGCUCGGAGUGGUCAUUUGGCCAGUUGGGAUGCAAGUUGAUGAAUAGCACCUACUACCUUGGCUUCUACAGUUCUGUGCUCUUCCUCACUCUUAUGACUUUUGACCGUUACCUGGCUGUGGUGCAUGCUGUUGCUUCUGCAAAGUGGAGGCAGAGCUGCUAUGCUUACAUUUCAGUCACUGUUGUGUGGCUUGUUUGUGGCCUGACUAGUCUGGAGACCUUCCUCAAUCAUGAUAUUGCACAAGACAUUGUUCAGGGGUUAAUUUGUACUGACAAAGGUGACCAUAAGAUAAUAGGCACUUAUUCCCAGGUUGCUCUUUUUUUCAUCUUCCCCCUUAUUGUCGUCUUGUACUGCUACAUCAGGAUCGGCUUGAGGGUUCUAUCAACUCGAAUGAGGAGCAAACAAAGGCUUUUGAAACUGAUUUUUGUAAUUGUGGUUCUAUUUUUCAUGUGCUGGUCCCCAUACAAUGUCAUAUUAGUUAUAAAAGAAAAUGAUAAUGGAGACCCUUGUGACUACAGUCUUGUCUAUCCACAGUAUGUCACUCACAGCAUUGCCAAUUUAUACUUCUGUAUCAACCCUCUGUUCUAUACUUUUUUGGGUAGAAAAUUCCAAAAUCACGUGCGCCGCGUGCUGGUGGAUCAGGUACCGUGUUUAACGAAUCAUUUGCAUGUGAGUGAAAGCAGCAGAUCAUUCUCUAAGUGAAUGCAAAUUUUUAUGGGAGAAUGAAA